CCUUUCCAUCUCUUUCAUCCAUCAGAUUUCUCCCACAUGGUUAACUGCACACCCCCCCCCUCUUCUCGGUCAAGUUGCCUGCUGCCCUACCGGAUAAACCCGACCGAUGACUAUUUCGUCCUCUUCAACAAUGGCUGCUCAUCAGCACGACGUUCGCAAAUACACGAUUGGUUGGCUGUGUGCCUUACCAGUUGAACUUGCAGCCUCACGACUCAUCCUCGACCGGAUACACACAGGACACUGGGCUGACCCCACUGACGGGAUGCAAUACACGCUCGGAACUAUUGGAAACCAUAACGUUGUCAUCGGGUGUCUUCCAGCAGGAGAGACGGGAAUAGGAGCCGCAGCUACGGUCGCAACGCGGAUGCGAGGGCGGUUUCCUAAUAUGCAGUUUGGCCUGAUGGUUGGUGUUGGAGGCGGAGUUCCAACCAAAACCGACGUGCGCCUGGGAGAUGUUGUGGUCAGUCAGCCUGUGGGCAGUAGCACCUCCGUGGUACAGUAUGACAUGGGAAGUGCCACACCCCGUGGAUUUGUGCGGACUGGCUUCCUCAACGCUCCUCCCCAGAUACUUCGCCAAGCACUUGCGAAUCUUCAGGCUCGGCACAUGUGCGAAGAAAAUAACAUGCCCAGAUAUCUCGCUAUCUUCGAACAGAAAAAAUCAUUCAGAAGACCACCUCCCGAGUCCGAUAUUCUCUUCAAGUCAACCUAUGAUCAUGGCCAGGACGAGAGAAGCUGCGAGAACUGUGACAAGUCAAAAAUAAAGCCCCGAGAACCACGAGACGAUAACGAGGCUGUUGUGCAUUAUGGAACGAUAGCAUCCGGCAAUCGGGUUAUGAAGAAUGCACGAACGAGGGAUCUUUUGAGCAACGAGCCUGGUAGGGUUCUGUGUUUUGAAAUGGAAGCAGCAGGGCUGAUGAAUAAUUUUGAUUGUCUGGUCAUACGAGGAAUUGCCGACUAUGCAGAUUCCCACAAGAACGAUAGGUGGCAGCCAUAUGCAGCAGCAGUGGCAGCGGCGUUUGCUAAAGAUUUGUUGGUCGAUAUCCCGCCAAUUAAUUUGCCCAAAAUUUCAUCUCUAUCGCUAGGUUGACGAGGCAGAUUUGGAUUGAGGAAUGUUACAAGUCCGCAAAAGCAAAUCUUUUAGUAAUAUCGAGGGAUAACGAAAUAGACGAUUCCACUGAUUGUCAAUCUGUUCUUGAUAUAUAUGCUGUAUCAAAGGAGAUACAAAUGCUGCAGGCCACCCAUGAAGGAUUAUGCACACUUGGAAGAAUCGAUCCCUACAUCAAGAAUGUUCAUGAAUUUGUGGAAGUAAUUGAGACUUUAACCAGUAUAAGCCAAGACAGAGUGUUGAUUAUCUGGGUAAGAAAAUUCUCAAAGAUUUUUCAACAAUUGGUCAACGUAGCCUGGUCACUGAUAUCCGUCAAUCCUUUUUAGAAUACUUUCAAACUUCUUCUUAAGGUAAAACAAUGACU